AUGGGAGACGAAGACGACGAGGAGGUGCUGGGUUGCGCCCCCACCGCUUCUGGUCAAUCUGCUUCCACCAACAGCUUGCCACCUCCUGCCGACAACACUCUCCUCAAAUUGAACCAUCUCGACUUACAUGCUGAUGAUGCUGGAUCACAGGCUUCUCUUGCCAGUGGCAAGAAGAAAAAGAGAGGUCAACGAGCCGUUGGACCUGAUAAGUGUGGAAGAGGUCUCCGCCAAUUUAGCAUGAAAGUGUGUGAGAAGGUAGAAAGCAGGGGAAGAACAACUUAUAAUGAGGUGGCAGAUGAGCUUGUUGCUGAAUUUUCUGAUCCAAGCAAUAGUGAAUUGACCCCUGAUCAGCAACAAUACGAUGAGAAAAACAUCCGUCGGAGGGUCUAUGAUGCUCUGAACGUUCUCAUGGCAAUGGACAUUAUUUCUAAGGAUAAAAAGGAAAUCCAAUGGAAGGGUCUUCCUCGUACUAGUGUGAAUGAUAUUGAAGAAAUAAAGUCAGAGCGUCUUGGGCUCAGGAAUAGAAUUGAAAAGAAAACAGCCUAUCUGCAGGAGCUCGAGGAGCAAUUCGUAGGCCUUCAGAACCUUAUUCAACGAAAUGAGCAGUUAUAUAGCUCAGGAAAUCCUCCCAGUGGAGGUGUAUCUUUGCCUUUUAUUCUGGUACAGACACGUCCUCAUGCGACUGUGGAAGUGGAAAUAUCAGAAGAUAUGCAGCUUGUUCAUUUUGAUUUUAAUAGUACUCCUUUUGAGCUGCAUGAUGACAAUUAUGUUCUCAAGGCAAUGAAAUUUUGUGAGAGACCACAGGAUGAUAAUACAACACACAAUUUUACUGAUGGAGGUGAAGGUUCUAGGAUGUCAGGCCUGUCCCAGCCACAGGGUCCUCUUACAAAUCUAAUAAUGUCAAAUAGGCCUCCAACAUCACCUCCCCUCCCUGGCAUAUUAAAGGCAAGGGUUAAGCAAGAGCAUUAA